AUGGCGCUGGGGAAGUUACUUUCUGUGCUGGUCGUGGUAGCCAUAGUCCUUGGCGACCAUGAGGUCGAAAAGGAGAGUAAAGCUAAGAAAGCCAUGGCGUCGGAGACGCAACAGAAGUACAGGAGUGCUAACCCAGGGAAGGAGAAGGGAUCUUUUCACAAAUUGAGUGCGAUGUUCAACAAGACGGACGAGCGCCGCCAGGGCCGGAGGGGAGACAAGACCUCGGUGGACAAGCUGCUGCGGCUCAACAAGAAGUACAAUGACAUGAUGAAUGACAACGAGGGGGCCAUCGCUAUCAACCAGAAGAAUUACUCGGACAACGAGACCGUGACGUUGACUGACAAGAUGAAGAUCUUGCGGCCCAACGUGCCUUUGUAUGAGGCGGUCAACAAGAACCCUUACGUGUCUCAGGCCACGGGGGUGUACUGCAGCUUCGAGAAGAACGGCACUAACAACCCAGCCAGUAUGUGCAUGUGGCAGUGGAACUCCACGGUGUCCAGCCACGGGCUGGGGUUCAAGGUGGUGACUGCAGCGGACGUGGUGGCCAUGAACCAGUCCACCAGAGGCCUGAAGUUCUCCGGGCCUACAGCCGACGCUGACGGCAAUGUGGGAGGUCACUUCCUCUACCUGGCCGUGGACCCUACCAUGGAGAACAUGGUGAUCAAGUCACCACCAUUCCGCGGGCUCUGGGAAUUCUGUAAGUUCGAAGCCAAGCUCCACCAGAGCAAGAUGCAGAACGCCAGCAUCCGCCUAGUGUCGGAGUCCACGAUGUCUGAAGUUCAGUGGAUACUGCAGGAGGUAGCUGGUAACAAUUUCGAUAUCUGGCACCCAAUGCGCUUCAUAAUCGGUAAGGUACAGCAAGAAGUGCGCAUUAUAAUAGAGAUCACACGGCCAAGCUACGUGAGCCUCUCGCAGAAUUUGCCUCACAUCGCCAUUGACAACAUCAGGAUGAUAGACUGCGUGCCGGAGCCACCCAUCUAUAAUGGAGAGUGUGUGCUGGGACAGCUCAAGUGUCAGAUUAUGAACAAAGACUCGUGCAUCAAGCUGCAACAAGUCUGUGAUCUGGUCAAGGACUGUGAUGAUGGCAGCGAUGAAGCCCAGAAUUGCGACAAAAUGCCGUACGGAUCUUAUUGUAACUUCGAACAAGAUACCUGCGGCUUCGAGAAUGUUCCACAGCCAAUCCUCAAAUGGUCCCGUCACAAUGGGCCCACCCCAACAGACAAAACAGGCCCAAACUACGACCAUACAUGUGGGCCCACGCUGCCACACCCAACGAUGGUGGUACCCCCACUGUUCCCAGCACAUUUGAACUUGAGCAUCACUCAGUGUGUCGGGUAUUAUUUCUUCGUCAAUAUGAAUGUGACUGGGCCCAAUAAGGAGAAGGCGGAUUUUGCGUCCACCGCUAUCAUGAGGACUGUCAUUUUCAACCCUCCUCCAAAGGUUCACGGGAAUAUUACGUCCAGAUAUUAUAAUUGUUGUAUGAUAAGAUUCUACUACCAGCAGAAUGGUAGGAACUAUGGGUCGUUGAGUGUGAACGUGGUGGAACUGACGAACCGCGGCAACAUCACCACCUCCGUGUGGUUCAGUACUAAAGAUAAAGGCGAGAACUGGUACCGGGCGUCUAUCUUCCUGCCUAAUGUUACUAGGAGGUACUUCCUAGAAUUUAAAACUCGUAUGGGCAUGAGGAUUUACUCAGACUCAGCGAUAGACGACUUCUCGAUGGCUCCCGAGUGUUUCGGGCUAAACGUGGACCCGGCAGAGUUAGGGGAUUAUAACUAUUACGAUCCUUCGUUUGAGGAGAAGACUACACCCCAUGCUGCAUUUGCGGAUAAACCUUUCUACCGCUUCACGCCCUGCGGUGCGACGGGUCGGUUCGGUCCGAGCCAGGCCAUGUGUGACGCGGCGUACAACAACAGCGCGGUGUCGGUGUCCGUCAUACAGAGCGCGCCCUACCAGGGCAUACAGCUCUGGGAGGUGCCGGCCGAGGGACUCUACACACUGAUAGCCACGGGCGCGAGUGGCGGGCUGGGGUCCGCGUGGGCGGGCGUGUCGCACGCGGCGGCCGUGCGCGCGCUCGUGGAGCUCCACAAGAGCGAGCGCGUCUACAUCCUCGUCGGGCAACAGGGGGGCAACGCCUGCAAGAAGACACUAUCAGCCCAGGAAGGUCACCACGAGUGUUCCCGCCGGACCUCCAAUGAGACCAGCCAGGUGUUCACCAGUAAGACCCACGAGGUCCGGAACACACAUGUCACUGACGGAGGGGGAGGAGGGGGAGGGGCCACUUAUGUAUUCCUGCUGGACAAAGACGGGCAAGCCUUCCCUCUACUAGUGGCGGGGGGAGGGGGAGGGAUCUCGGUGGGCAGCUUCAGAGACGACGGGUCCCAGCACGCUCACGCACUCACCAACGCCACUCCUGAGUCCGGGUACAUGUAUGGACAACCGGGGAAGACUUCAGGUGCUGGCGGUGGUUGGUUGGCUCGCUCGGGUCCGACCACUCCCGGGUUCGAGCUGGUGCGGGGGGCCGCGCUACACGAGGGGGGCGGAGGGGGGGCCGCCUGUGCCGGCCAGGCUGAUGGGGGGUUCGGAGGCGGAGGGGGAGGAUGUCUUAGAGGAGGCGGCGGGGGAGGAUGGCUUGGAGGAGAUACAAACGAAGGUCUCGGUCUACACGGCGGCGGAGGCUGGUCGUACAUCGCGGCCAGCCGGGCCGUCAAGGACUACAGCGAGGCGACCGUCGCGCCCAGGACGGGGCCCGGGGAGCUACUUAUAUUCCCCGCUAUACAUGACUGCGACUGCGACUACCGCUGCGUGGCGCUGAACGAGUUCCGCAGCGAGGUCAAGUGUUACUGCCCCGCCACCUGGACCGCCGACGCACACGACCCCACCAAGUGCAUAUUGGAGGAGGCGUGGCCGCGGACCCCGUGGGUAGUGAUCAUAGUCCUGUCCGUCGCAGUCUUCGUCUGCGCACUCGCCGUGCUCUGCGUCUGUCUCUAUCUCUACAACACCUACCAACGGAAGAAAGAAGCAGAACAGCAGCAGAAACGUCUUCUAGAACAAGAUGUUCAGUUACAACGACUGAGGAGUGCUCCGGGAGGGAAUGACAACCUCACCAUGGCAUUCAACCCUCACUACGGGAGCGAGAGCAUCCUGCCGCAGGGGAUCGAUGUCCGGGGGCUGCCGCAGGUCUCCAGGGAGAGCUUGAAACUUGUCAAGGCUUUAGGCCAGGGAGCCUUCGGAGAAGUAUACCAAGGCCUCUACCGCCACCGUACAGGAGACACGGUGGAGAUGCCAGUGGCAGUGAAAACUCUGCCAGAACUGUCGACCGGCCAGGCUGAGUCCGACUUCCUGAUGGAAGCUGCCAUCAUGGCCAAGUUCAGCCAUCCUAAUAUUGUCCAUCUGAUCGGUGUCUGCUUUGAUCGACAUCCACGAUUCAUAGUCCUGGAACUGCUGGCCGGUGGAGACUUGAAGAACUUCCUCCGUGAGAGUCGCCCGAAGCCGGAGCGAGCGAGCGCGCUCACCAUGAAGGAUCUCCUGCUGUGCUCCAUCGACGUCUGCAAGGGAUGCAGAUAUUUGGAGAGCAAGAGAUUCAUACAUAGGGACAUAGCAGCCCGCAACUGCCUCCUGACGUCCCGGGGCCCAGGCAGAGUGGUGAAGAUAGCAGACUUCGGCAUGGCGCGCGAUAUAUACAGGUCCGACUACUACAAGAAGGGAGGCAAGGCCAUGUUGCCCAUAAAGUGGAUGCCGCCUGAAGCAUACAUCGAUGGAGUCUUCACCAUCAAAACUGAUGUUUGGUCGUUCGGCGUGUUGCUAUGGGAGGUGUUCUCCCUGGGCGUGAUGCCGUACACUGGCUGCGCCAACAGAGAGGUCAUGGAGAUGGUCUCCGGGGGAGGACGGUUGGAGAAACCUUAUGGGUGUCCACAAGAGAUAUACAGGCUGAUGUGCGAGUGUUGGAACCCGACGCCGGGCGAGCGACCCUCCUUCGCGCACAUGUACGAGCGCAUGCAACGGUUCGUGCAGGACCCAGCGAUAGUAAGUGCGCCGCUACCAAUAGUACGGUCUCUAUUGCCACCGUGCUCUGACUUACCAACCAAUGCCAAUGGACCGCAGCGAGGGCCGGCGUGCGACUACCUCGUGCCGAUGUCGCCGCAGGACAACCCAACGACCAACAAUAGCCCAACGGAACCGCUGGUCCCUCAUAGCAAAUCGCAAACGGUGGUACAGGAUCAGCCAGAAACGGAGGAUUCACAAUAUCCACCUCUUCUGAAAGCAUCACAAGAAUAUGGCAACAUUCCAAUGGCGUCCCGGAGCGCCGCAAGCGCAACAAGGCGCGAUGCCUCCGCUACCUCCGCCGUCGAGAUAAAGACCACAACAAAGUUUCUGCCGUCUAAUUCAACAGAUAGAUUGCUAAGUUCAGUAGAGGGCCCGUCACUGGACGAGAUAACACCGGACGCUGACGACAAGCCGGUCAUAUGGGAGACAUCGUUCACCGAGCCACCACGCAACGCUACGCCGCGACAGAGUAUCGACAACGGACCAGCCGUCGAGAAACUAAUAAGCAUAACCCCGACCUCUCCAAAACCACCUGAGAAUGCUUUAUCAAAAGCCAUAGAGACAAACGUUAUUGACAAAACUAAUCACAAGAACGCAUUGAUGCCAGAAAGGAAGACUGCACCAAUAGCGUCACCAGACCCACCACGCAUUAACGCAUGGGCCAAAGAAGCGCCAAAAUUCACGCCCAAACCAAAACCACUUUGCUUGGACGCGGCCCAACUAGAGCAAAACCUAAAUGCGUUAAAGAAAAAUAGUGGAUCCGUCAACUUGACGACGAUGAACAUUUUGCCGCCAUACAUAAACGUCGUCACACCGAACAAGCUCUCAGAAUCAAAGACUAUACAAAUUGAUCCUAAGAAGGCGGUGAUAGACGACUUGCCAAAGGAAACCGAGCCGAAAGAGGAGAAGGGGAAGUUGAAACAAUCCAACUCGGCGGCGAGCUUGCUGAACGGGCCGAUGACGGACGUGCCGUACGCGGACAGCGACAACGCGUCCUCCAGCUCCAGCAGCAACCAGGCCAGCAAGAAGCUCGACGACAGGAACAUAGUCAACAAACAGGGUAGUAACGCCGAGUACGUCGGCGACUCCGAGAUUAGUUGUUAG